UCAAAAAGCUUACAGAUUGCUUAAGUCCUUUGACUGGUUGGAGGCAUUGUUUUGCUUCAAUGAUUGAUCUUCUUGAAGAUUGUGUUUCUCAGUAUAACAUCUUCUUGGAAAAUGAAUCUCUCAAAGAGAGAGAACACGACAAUGAAAAUGAAAUCAACUCAUUUCUUGAUUUUCUGAGGAAAAGAUUUGUUUCUACGUCAUCAUCAAUCAAAAAUUGUAUUCGCGUAUUUUGUACCCAUUUACCAAAAGAAUAUGUUCUGGAACGAAAUUUCCAAAACAUGGUCUCUCUUAUUGGCCUGCUUAAGUAUUUUGAAACCUUGCUGUUUCAAGAUAAUGUGGAAUCUCAAGUAGUGGCGAAGCUUUUUUCGUGUUCGGAAUUAGCUGCAGAUAUAUCUGAGUCAUUUAUGGAUAUGCCAUUCCCGUUGUAUCAAAGGAGAAAAGAGUGCUUGUCUACUUUAAGGUCUGUUUUAAGAACUCUCAACGGCUCGUUUAAUGUACUUGACCGUCUAAGCAUUAUGAGCAAACAGUCAAUAGAGGAAUAUUGUCUUCAAACAGCUUCCGUACUUUUUUGCACUGCUUCAAGUUCCUAUAAGCUGCACUCAGUGGCAAUGAAACGAUUGAGCAUUCUGGUUAUUGACGAAGCUGCACAAUUAAAGGAGUGCGAGUCGACCAUACCAUUGCAACUUCCAGGUUUGAGGCAUGCUAUUCUUUUUGGCGAUGAGUGCCAAUUACCAGCAAUGGUUGAAAGCAAUAUUUCUGGUAAAGCUGGCUUUGGGAGAAGUUUAUUUGAGAGAUUGAGCUCAUUGGGACACUCAAAGCAUCUUCUCAAUAUACAGUACCGAAUGCAUCCAUCCAUAAGUUUCUUCCCAAAUUCAAAUUUUUAUCACAAACAGAUCUUAGAUUCUCCAAAUGUUAAAAGAAAAAGCCACGAAAAGCACUAUCUUUCCUGGCCAAUGUUUGGUCCCUAUUCUUUUAUAAAUAUAGUAGGUGGAAGAGAAGAGAAGGAUGAUGUUGGGCGUAGUUCGAGGAACAUGGUUGAGGUUGCUGUUGUUAUGAAAAUACUGCAGAAAUUAUGCAAAGCUUGGGUUGGUUCAGAACAGAAACUCAGUGUUGGCGUUAUAUCUCCUUAUGCUGCCCAAGUAGUUGCAAUUCAAGAGAAACUUGGACGGAAGUAUGAUAACCUUGACGGGUUUGCAGUCAAGGUUAAAUCAGUUGAUGGGUUCCAAGGAAGGGAAGAGGACAUAAUAAUAAUAUCAACUGUAAGAUCUAAUAGUUGGGCAUCGAUUGGGUUCCUAUCAAAUCCUCAGAGAACUAAUGCUGCUCUCACAAGGGCUAGGCACUGUCUAUGGAUUUUAGGAAAUGAAAGAACACUUUGUCAUAGUAAAUCUGUUUGGGAAGCCUUAGUCCUUGAUGCUAAGAAACGUCAAUGUUUCUUUAAUGCUGAUGAAGAUAAGGAUUUGAACAAAGCAAUAUUGGAUGUGAAGAAAGAGUUGGAACAAUUUGACAAUUUGCUCAAUGGGGAUAGCACACCUUUCAGAAGUGCUAGGUGGAAGGUUCUUUUCAGUGAUAACUUUUUGAAAUCAUUUCAAAAACUGAAGUGUGUACAGACAAAGAAAUUAGUGAUACACCUUCUAGUUAAACUUUCCAGUGGCUGGAGACCGCAUGUAGAUCACAUUUGUGGAGGUUCUUCACAGAUUUUAAAGCAAUUUAAGGUUAAAAGUCAUUAUGUUGUUUGUGCAAAUGACAUAGUAAAAGAUUGGAGUGACUUGGCGAAGGAAUGUAGGUACUAUCAAGUUUUGAAGAUCUGGGAUAUAUUUCCUGCAGGGGGUAUUCCAAAAUUAAUCAAACGUCUUGAUAGUAUGUUUGAAAAAUAUACAGAUGACUUUAUUAAUCACUGCAAAGAGAGAUGUCUUGAGGGGAAUUUGGAAGUUCCGAAGAGUUGGUCGUAUUCUUAUGAUAUUGUCAGGAUUAAGAAACAUGAUGGCAGUGAAAAUGGGACCGAUUUAAGUGGUUCUACUUCUGAUGGUGGAAGUUAUGUGGAGAAUGUAAAGGUCAGUGAGAGUCUGAUGCUGAUGAAAUUCUACUCCUUAGGUGUAGCGGGCCACUUGCUUUCUAAUCAUGAUGGUGGCGAAUUGGAUCUUCCAUUUGAAGUAACUGAACAAGAGUUAGAGAUGAUCAUUUUUCCUAGAAGUACCUUUAUACUUGGACGGUCAGGUACUGGGAAAACAACUGUUUUGACUAUGAAAUUAUUUCAAAAAGAGAAACUGCACCAUAUGGCAAAAGAUGUUUUUUUUGGUGUCAAGAGUUAUAGACCUGUGCAUAGUCAGGAAAAGGAGGCUGAAGAGACUGUUUCAGAAAAUGAGGAAACCAUACUACGCCAGCUUUUUGUGACAGUCAGUCCUAAACUGUGUUCUGCUGUCAAACAACAUGUUUCUCACUUGAAAAGGUGCAUUGAUAUUGAUGAUUUUGAUGAUGCAACUCAAUUCAAGAAUGUCCCAGAUACUUUGGUUGAUGUUCCACCAGAGGCAUACCCUCUUGUCAUUACAUUUCAUGAUUUUCUGAUAAUGCUUGAUGGAACUGUGGGUAAUUCAUACUUUGAAAGAUUCCAUGAAGUAAGGAAACAUUCUCAUGGCAAGGUUCGUGGUGGAUCUGUUGCCUUACAGACAUUUAUAAGGAAGAAAGAAGUUAAUUAUGAAAGGUUUAGUUCAUCAUACUGGCCCCAUUUCAAUAACCAGCUGACUAAAAAUCUUGACUCUUCAAGAGUUUUUACAGAGAUUAUUUCUCAUAUAAAAGGUGGCCCACAAGCUCUAGAAGCAGGUGAUGGUAAACUCAGUGGUAAAGACUAUGUUUUACUAUCAGAGGGCCGAGUGUCCGGUUUAAAUAGACAGAAGAGAGAGAUAAUAUAUGAAGUCUUUAGAAAUUAUGAAAAAAUGAAGGUUAAAAAUGGUGACUUUGAUAUGGCUGAUGUUGUAAUUGAUCUUCAUCUUCGAUUGAGAGUUGAAAGAUAUGAGGGUGAUGAAAUUCAUUUUGUAUAUGUGGAUGAGGCGCAGGAUCUCACAUUGAGCCAAAUUGCACUAUUCAAAUAUAUCUGCAAAAAUGUUGAAGAAGGUUUUGUUUUCUCUGGCGACACAGCACAAACAAUUGCGAGGGGAAUCAAUUUUAGAUUCCAGGAUAUUCGAUCUCUGUUCUACACAAAGUUUCUCUCGGAAUCUAACAGCUGUGGACAUGAUAAAAGAAAAGAGAAAAUCUCAGAUAUUUUCCAUUUGAGCCAGAAUUUCCGUACUCAUGAUGGGGUUCUUAAACUAUCACAGAGUGUUAUUGAACUUCUGUAUCAUUUCUUUCCUCAAUCUAUUGAUGUUUUGCAGCCGGAGACUAGUCUUAUAUAUGGUGAAGCUCCAAUCUUGCUUGGAUCAGGGAACAAUCAAAACACAAUCGGUACUAUUUUUGGAAAUAGUCAAAAAGCUGGAAGGAGUUUUGUUGGCUUUGGUGCAGAGCAGGUAAUAUUGGUACGAGAUGAUCAUGUUCGGAAGGAAAUUACCAAAUAUGUUGGGAAGCAAGCUCUUGUUCUAACUAUUGUGGAGUGCAAGGGCCUUGAGUUUCAGGAUGUAUUGUUGUACAACUUUUUUGGCUCAUCACCUCUGAAAAAUCAGUGGAGGUUGAUAUAUAAAUAUAUGGAGGAACAAGAUUUAGCCAACUCCACUUCUCUCUCUUUCCCAAGUUUCAAUGAUGCUAAACACCAUGUCUUGUGCUCAGAACUGAAGCAACUUUAUGUGGCUGUCACUCGUACGAGGCAGAGGUUGUGGAUCUGUGAGAAUGGAGAGGGAUUCUGCAGACCUAUGUUUGACUAUUGGAUGAAAAAGCGUCUUGUCCAAGUCGAACAGCUGGAUGACUCACUUGCUCAGGCAAUGCAAGUUGCCAGCUGCCCUGAGGAAUGGAGGUUGCGGGGCAUCAAGUUGUAUCGUGAGUAUAGCUAUGAAAUGGCAACAUUGUGCUUUGAGAGAGCUGGAGAUACUUAUUGGGAAAGAAGGUCUAAGGCUUCUGGCCUCCAAGCCUCUGCUGACCAAAUGCGCCAUUCAAAUCCUAAAGCGGCAAACGUGAUCCUUAAGGAGGCUGCUGACAUAUUUGAAACCAUAGGCAUGGUGGAUUCUGCUGCCCAAUGUUUCACUGAUCUUGGGGAGUAUGAGAGAGCAGGGAGGCUUUAUUUGGAACAAUGUGGUGAGUCUGAGCUGAAAAGAGCUGGGGAAUGCUUUUCUCUAGCCGGAUGCUAUGAACUUGCAGCUGAUGUGUAUGCCAGGGGCUAUUUUUUCUCAGACUGUUAG